AUGAAUGGACUUAUCAGAUGUAAGGGUAGGAUCUCAAAUGCAGACCUUGAAGAAUAUUGCAAGUUCCCUAUACUUCUACCAAAGAACGAUUUAUUUACUCAACUGCUCAUAGAAGAGUGUCACCGUAAGAUUUUUCACAUGGGAGUGCAACAAACUCUCUCGGAACUUCGGAAAUCCUUCUGGAUAAUCCAUGGCAGAGCUGAAGUCAACAGAGCUUUGCGAAAAUGUUUGAAAUGUUUAAAAUACGAAGGUGGACCAUACAAGCUGCCCCAAAUACCCUCGCUUCCAACAGAACGGGUGACUGAAAGUAUACCUUUCCAAUUUACAGGACUUGACUACUUUGGCCCUCUCUACAUUAAAUCCUUUCAAGCUUCUAGAGUUGAAGUUUCAAAAGUUUACGGUUGCAUAUUCACUUGUUUAGUCACGAGAGCUGUUCAUUUAGAGAUCACCAAUAACUUGUCGUCAGAAGAAUUCUUACUAUCUCUCAGGAGGUUUGUGGGAAGAAGAGGUACUCCGAGGAAGAUUUACUUGGACAACGCUACUCAGUUUAAGAAGGCUUCCUCGUUCUUGAAUGAUAUGUUUGUUGAACAUCUCGAUACACCAGAAUUACUGUCUUAUGUAAGUGAAAACCACAUCGAAUUUACUUACAUCCCAGAGUUUGCACCUUGGAUGGGAGGAAUGCACGAGAGGUUGAUAUCUUUGAUAAAGAGAUGUUUAAGAAAGAGUAUUGGUUCAGUUACUCUGACUAAAUCACAACUCGACACUGUGAUGAUUGAAAUAGAAGCUGUUGUCAACUCAAGACCACUAGUUUAUGUAUCUUUCUCAGAUCAAAGUUUGACUGACUUUAUUAUAACUCCUGGCCACUUCCUUAACUUCCAUGGAAAAAAUGGUUUUGUAAAUAGUUUGAAUGAAUGUCAAGAAAACGACAUGGAGUUUAUUUCUAAAGUGACUGAAUCGGACUUAUUAAAGAUGUGGAAAAAGGGAACCAACAACUUAAAUAGCUUUUGGAAGAUUUGGAAGAAAGACUAUCUGUUGAGUUUAAGGGAGAGAACUCAACAUAAUAUCAAACAAGGAAGAAUUCUGUCAACCCAACAUCCACAAGUUGGUGAUGUAGUUCAUGUUCACGACACAUUACCCAGAGGGACAUGGCGACUUGGGAAAAUAGAAGUCCUUAACGUCAGUGCUGAUGGAAACGUAAAAAGUGCCAAAUUAAAGUUAGGAUCUGGGAAAUACAUCACCAGACCUAUUAACUUGUUGUAUCCCAUUGAAGUCUCUGACGUGAAUUCCGGAAAGAAAAAAGGGGCCCAGAACAACUAA